UCUGUUCGGUCGGAUGGCUUCAUUGUUGAUUUUAUUUUCAGUAGGAGGAGAAAAGACGACGUAGUCAUAGAUGGUCAUGACUUAAAACUCGAAGAUUUCACCUACGAAGAAAUUGAAACAACGUACAGACCGUCCUUCAUCAAUUCAGGACGAAGAGACGUGUGUACUGCUGCAUGUGGGUUGGAUGUUGAAGAGCACCAGAUCCGCAAAUGCUCCAACAAGUACGUGCAGCCGAUAACAUGGUCAACAUGCUUCUUAAUAGAACAAAGCAAGUACAAUGAGGAUCUGAAGAAGGGCAGUCUCAAGAAGAAAAAGACAAAGGAAACGACUACUCAAAAACGAAGAAAGAACUGGAAGCAGAAACCCUUCGAAGUAGGCGACAAGAAUAAAGUUUCUCUUGCUGUCUUUGGAGAUGGCAUGUUUGGCAAAAAUAACGUGAAGUUGAAGGGUCUCCGUUGUGGCGUUGUUAGUGUCUUGUUUCGUGCGCUGAAAAGAAGAGAAGCAGCCGGCGAUCUGUUAGUGCUGACGAUUGACGAAUUCAAGACGUCGAUAAUUUGGUGCGGCUACCAUAGCGAGGAAUUGCAUGGUUUGGAUGAUGUUCCCGGCCAUAAUAUACUAGCCUGUAAAAGCUGCGGCAUACUAUGGAACCGGGGCAUCAAUGCCUGUAAGAACAUGAUGUCAAUAGGCACUACGAUUUGGAAUGGGAACGGUAGACCCAAAGUAUUCUCAAGGAAGAAGGCCGCCACCCCCACCACCUCCUCUACCACUAACACUUAA